ACCGUCGCAACCAACACUCUCACCAGCCCCUCGCUAUGACCAACCUCACCCUCUACUCGGUCACGGCGCUACUGAUUCUCGACUCAUCAGGGAGUCGCAUUCUUGCCAAGUACUACCAGCCUCCAGCAGCAGUAGCAGCAGCAGCGGCGACAGCAGGUGCAGCAACUACAACACCGCAUCAUAGCGCCGGCAAUGCCCCUCGUCAACUCACAGCUGCCAACCCCUUCACCACUCUGAAAGAGCAGCGCGCAUUCGAAAAGAGCAUACUCGAAAAGGUCUCGAAGCGAGGUUCCUCAUCUAGCGGUAGCAGCGGCUCAACGGAGAUCCAGCUCUUGGACUCGCACCUCCUCCUCUCGAAGUCGACCCUGGAUGUGCAUCUCGUCGUGGUCAGCCCGGCAGAGGAGAAUGAGCUGAUGGUCUCGUCACUCCUGUCGAGCCUUUGGGAGGCAAUUGGGAUGCUCCUUGCUGGACAGGGUUUGGAGAAGAGGACAUUGCUCGAGAAUCUGGACUUGGUGACGUUGGCGGUUGAUGAGGCGGUGGAUGAUGGCAUCAUCCUCGAGACGGACCCUGCGACGAUUGCAUCUCGCGUCUCGAGACCAAGGCCAGACGCGACGGAGAUUCAGAUUAACGAGCAGACCAUCAUGAGCGCCUACUCAACGCUCAAGGAGAGGGUAGCACAGAGGAUCUUGCAGGGUUGAGCGAACAAGACUUUGUGAAAAAUAAUGCCAUACAUCAAGAGACCAAGUGAGCGAGAGUGAGCUCGGCGUCAGACUGUCAUCAUGCGCGCACAGGAGAGGGAAGAUGAUCGACACGCAGGCGAGCAGAGCUAUCGGGUCGCGAUGAUGAUGUGAUGAAGUGAGCAGCGUGCAAGGCAAGUGUACAGCGGGUCUCCAACGUGUAGUCUGCCGUCGCUGUCGCCAUGCUGCGUGGCGGCCCUCCGCUGCCUCCAACAGUACGAAUGUCAAAGAUGAACCAAUCCC